UGUGGCUGAGGAAAACGCUCAGAAUGAACUAGAGUUUGAGGCUAUUUCAUUAGGAUCAAAUAAUCUUAAAGCUAAAAUUUAUGAGAUCCGAGUGAGGCACUCAGCAACAAAUACGGAAAUGAUAAUAAAAAG